AUGACGUCGACGUCCACUGGCGACCAGCAGGGACACGGAGGGGCGGGCCAGAGGGUCCGGUCCCGCCCACGCGGUCCGGAGGUCCCGCCCACAACACCCGAGGCGCUCCGCCCAGAGCCCGGAGGUGUGCGGCUGGGCGCUGUGCGCGUGCGCUCGCCUGAGCUGUGGCGGGAGCUGGAGCGGAGUAGGCAUCCAGCACUGGGGCAGCUGCUUCAGGACAUCACCGAGGACAAGUCUCCUCCCCACUCUGGUUCCACUGUCUGUAGCCUGUGGCUUUCAUCCUCAAGGGCUCCAUGCGACCGCUGCACAUCCAGGAACUUGAGGAGCCACUGGAUUCCCCGCGGCUCAUUGUGGCUGUGGUCAUUCGUGAUUACGCAGGCCGGCAUUGCCCAGCCUCUCUGGCGAAUACAGAAGCCUAAACUUAGGACAAGAGCAAGGUGGAGAAUGGGACCCAAUCUCAUUCCAGCCCAGCGGUGCUGUCACAAGGUGUGUCUUGGGGUGCCUGUAAUAACUGGGGGCCUACAAUCUGCACCAGGCUGUGAGUCAGCCUCAGGAUGCUGCAGGGGACAUCCUGCAGCUUGGCUCUCUUGGCUCCAUCCUCAUGACGCUGGAAUUCUAUAAUAGGGUGGGGAGACUGGACAGGGAGGCAGGUAAAUGAAGACAAUCAGGCGAGAAUUAAGAUGCUCGGAAGGAAAUGAGACUGGACAGCCGCUCCAGCGAGGGUGCCCACAAAACCCUCUUGAGGACAUGAUGUGGCAAGGAGCCAGCUCUGCGGGGGAACAGGCGUAGAGCCAGGAGCAGGAACAAGCUUGGAAUAGCCGAGGGACAGAAACAGAGACCCACAUGGCUUGAGUAUGGUGAAUGCAGCAUGGAUGCCAGGGGAUAAAACAGGGGCAAUCAGGGAGGGCUUUCCAGAGGAAGAGGCCCGAAGAACUGUGGAAGUUAGAGUUGGGGAGAGGCGUCCUGGCUGUGUCGCUUCCUCAUUGCGCGGCUUUGGUCAAGUUAUUUGACCUCUCCAAGCCUCAGGUGGCCCUCUAAAACGUGACUAUAAUGACUGCCCAGCAGGGUUGUUAAGAAGAGUGCCCGAGGCCUGGCGGCGCCACGUGGAGCAGGGCGCUGGGAGGCGGCGGCCCUGCGGCGUGGCGUGGCGCGGCGGGAGCGCGUGGAG